AUGAUUUCCUGGAUGGGAAAUGCUUUAAGAUUUUUGUAUGGCCAAUGCUUCAAGCCUUCCGCCGCCGAUGAUGCGCUCGGCCACCACGGCGUCACCACCAACACCGUCGGCGUUUCAGCCUUAGCCCACGAUCUCUACAGCUUUGAAAUUACCUCCCAGGUUCCUCAAGGACUCAGUCAGCAUGUUGUCUCGUCCAAGAAAACACAGGCGAACUGGUAUAAGAAACUUUCUGAUGCGUGGAGAGCAACAAAACCACCACCAAAAACACCGGAAGAAGCUUCAAGGCUAGUAAUUCAGACCUUGAAGAGACAUCGGAAGGCUGAUGUUGAGGGAUUAUUGGCCUUUUAUGGCCUUCCACUGCCUCAAACUCUCGUUGAGCUUUCUCAUGGUGCUCCUCAGACGCACCCGGAAGGACUCAAGUUCGAAUUGCAUACUAUCCCGGUGGAUGCGAAAGCUGUGGCAGAUGGAGAUACCAUAACGGUAUAUGUUAGUGCUUCUGAUCCUAGGGAGUCAUCGAAUGUUCCUAGAGACGUGCAAGUUGCUGCUGUUCAACGAUCUGAAGCUCGUGCCCAGAGAAAUUAUGAUAGGGCAGAUCAACUGCACCAACAAAUUAUUGAUCUAGGAUAUAGGGUCAUACCAGUUCAAAAUGAACAGAUUCUUGCACGAAAAUAUCGAAUUAGAUUAAGAGGAAUCGAUGCACCAGAGGGCAAAAUGCCAUAUGGACAAGAGGCAAAGGAAGAACUGACUAAAAUUGUUGAAAACAAGUGUUUGAGAGUUCUAGUUUUUGAUGAAGAUCGUUAUGGACGCUUUGUGGGAGACAUAUAUUGCAAUGGCAUAUUUGUACAGGAAGUGAUGCUUAAAAAGGGGUUAGCAUGGCAUUAUAAAGCCUAUGACCAGAGGCCGGAAUUAGAAAAGUGGGAAAGCGAGGCAAGAGCAAAGCGAAUUGGGUUAUGGGCAGCAUCUGACCCAGAGAUGCCAUGGGAAUGGAGGAAGGACAGGCGUGAAGGAAGACGAUCUUGA